UCGGUCAUCGACUAUUAUGGCCUGGCGUUCCCAUGUUUCUCACAGACUAGGCCCUGCACGGAUUGGCUGGUCAGGCCAGAGACUGCGGCGAUACGCGGGGAGCGGGCUGUGAGCACUAUGGACCGACUGGCCCCGUACAGAGGGGAUGCCUUUGAUAAACCACCUUGCCGAGGCUGUUCUUCCUACCUUAUGGAGCCAUACAUCAAAUGUGCUGAAUGCGGACCCCCAGAAUUUCUGCUUUGUUUGCAGUGUUUCUCAAGAGGAUUUGAGUACAAGAAGCAUCAGAGUGAUCACAGUUAUGAGAUCAUGACCUGCGAUUUUCCAGUACUGGAUCCCAGCUGGACAGCUCAGGAGGAAAUGGCUCUGCUAGAAGCUGUGAUGGACUGUGGAUUUGGAAAUUGGCAAGAAGUGGCUAAUCAAAUGCGCUCAAAGACUAAAGAGGAUUGUGAAAAUCACUACAUGAAACAUUUCAUUAAUAACCCACUCUUUGCAAGCACUUUACUGAAUAAACAAAGUGAAGAGGAAAAGAAUGUGGAUACAGCUGUUCCUUUUCAAGCUUCUGAUGACCCACCAAGACCAACAUUUGAUUCAUUGCUUUCUAGAGAUAUGGCAGGAUAUAUGCCAGCAAGGGCAGAUUUCAUAGAGGAGUUUGAUAAUUAUGCAGAGUGGGAUUUAAGAGAUAUUGAUUUUGUUGAAGAUGAUUCAGAAGUUUUGCAUGCUUUGAAAAUUGCGGUUGUGGAUAUUUAUCACUCAAGACUGAAGGAGCGACAGAGAAGGAAAAGGAUUAUUAGAGAACAUGGCCUUAUAAAUCUGAGGAAGUUUCAAAUUUUGGAAAGAAGAUAUUCCAAAGAUAUACAAGAGCUCUAUGAAACCAUGAGAAGAUUUGCCAGGAUUUUAGGAGCAACAAACCAUGAUCGAUUUAUAGAAAGCCAAGCAUUGGAAUUUGAACUGCGCAGGGAAAUCAAAAGGCUACAAGAUUAUCGAAGAGCAGGAAUCAAAACAUUUCACAGUUCCAAAAUAUAUGAUCGUUUGAAAAAGACUCGUGAAGAAGAGCGUUUGAAGAGAACCAUGCUUUCUGAAGUCCUACAGUAUGUUCAUGAUGGCAGUGCCUGUCAACAAUGGCUUAAACGACAAGCCGCUAUAGACGCUGGUUUAUAUCAAGUUGUACCUGUUGUUUCAGGUUCAGGUAGAAGAAGUGCUCCUCCUCUGGAUUUGACAGGUCUUCCUGGCACAGAAAAACUGAAUGAUAAAGAGAAAGAGCUCUGUCAGGUAGUGAGGCUGGUCCCAGGAGCUUACUUGGAAUAUAAAGCAGCACUUGUGAACGAAUGCAACAAACAAGGAAGCUUACGUCUGGCUCAAGCACGAUCGCUUAUAAAAAUUGAUGUUAAUAAGACCCGUAAAAUUUAUGAUUUUCUGCUACAAGAAGGGUAUAUCACAAAACCUCAGCCAUAA